AUGAUCCAUGUCAGGGCUAUGGUCACGCGCCCUCUCAUUGGCUGCCGUCACGCACGCCCUCAACGCGGAACCAAAACAAAUCUGCAGAAACCCGACGAACUCCGGUUUUUCCUCAAGAUGGUGGUAAGACAAGCCCUAAACGUCACUAAGUUUACAUCAAGCUUUGUCAACACAACAUUCUGCAGGAGGCUGAGUUCUUCACAGCACAAAAUGGCAACACGUCACACAAACGCUAAAAGAAUAGAAGGAUUGGACAAAAAUGUGUGGGUGGCCUUCUCCUCAGUGGCAGCCGACCCGUCCAUCGUGAACCUCGGACAGGGACUUCCAGACCUGCCCCCUCCCUCCUAUGUCAAAGAGGCCCUGGCCAAGGCCUCCACCGUGGACCGACUCAACCAGUACACCAGAGGAUUUGGCCAUCCCGCUCUGGUGAAGGCACUGUCUCAGGUGUAUGGAAAAGUCUAUGGGAGAUCUAUUGACCCUCUCAAAGACAUCCUGGUCACUGUUGGGGGAUACGGCUCCUUAUUCUGCACCAUGCAGGGCCUGGUGGAGGAGGGGGACGAGGUGAUUAUAAUAGAACCUUUCUUUGACUGCUACGAGCCGAUGGUCCGGAUGGCUGGGGCCAAACCGGUCAUGAUACCACUUCGCCUUAAACCUGGAAAGAAGAGCAUCACUAGUGCUGACUGGUAUCUGGAUCCAGAGGAACUUUCCAGUAAAUUUAACUCAAAGACAAAAGCCAUCAUAGUAAACACACCCAACAAUCCUAUUGGGAAGGUGUUCAGCAGAGACGAGCUGCAGACCAUCGCUGACCUCUGCAUCAAACACGACACUCUGUGCUUCAGCGACGAGGUUUACGAGUGGCUCAUUUACAAAGGCCACCAGCACGUCAAGAUCGCCACGUUACCAGGGAUGUGGGAAAGAACCAUAACUGUCGGCAGUGCUGGGAAAACUUUUAGCGUCACAGGGUGGAAGCUCGGCUGGACCAUCGGCCCGGAGCACCUGGUGAAACACCUGCAGACCGUGAUGCAAAACUCUCUCUACACUUGUCCAACUCCUCUGCAGGAGGCCGUGGCUCAGGGUCUGCUGCGGGACUGUUCUCUGAUGGGACAGCCCGACUGCUACUUCAGCUCCCUGGCAGAGGAGCUGCAGGACAAGAGGGACCGCAUGGCCUCCAUCGUCCAGGCCGCGGGGAUGACUCCAGUCCUACCCGAAGGGGGGUACUUCAUGCUCGUGGACGUGUCUCCUCUCAACCUGGACCUUUCUCACAUGGAGAACGAAGCUUAUGACUACAAAUUUGUGAAAUGGAUGAUCAAAGAAAAGAAAUUGGCAGCUAUACCUGUAACUGCAUUUGUUGGGGAUGAGUCCAAAAAAGAUUUUGAGAAAUACAUUCGUCUUUGCUUCAUAAAGCAAGACAGCACCAUAGAUGCAGCAGAAGUUAUUCUCAAAAACUGGGGCAAAGAAAACUGA